GACGGCCGUGGGUCAGGAUCCAGGGAGAUAGGGUUUGGUCUCAGCAUUUUAAAAUGUGUUUACUGGCAGUCAGAAUGAGACGCAUUCCUCCUAGAAUGUGCUCGGGCUUUUUUGCUGCAGUGGAAGUCAGGAGCCUGCUCACUGUGGCCACGAGGGGUUGCCCUUGACUGUGGCUUCCUUAGGGCAGGGCAUCCUGGGCGCCCCUCUGGCUGCUGCAGGCUGGGGGGGCCUCAGGGACCUGCAGAGCCUUUUCUCUGAAUUCCUGAGGUCCGGGGGCCCAAAGCCCAUGCUCCUGUGCUGUGGAAGGCGCAGGGCUGGAGUCCCUGCAGGAGGCCCCGUGGCCGGAAGGCUGGCUCUGCGCUCAGGUUCCCGCGCCAGCCAUGGUAGGUGACGGCUCCGCGGUGCGUUCGCUCUUCACAGAAGACGGCAGAGGGGACCAUGGCCCGGGAGAGGCGCCAGAGUUGGCGGGGGCUGUUUCGGGCCCAUGGCUCCCCACAUGGCGGUCGCCUUCCUGCCUCUGUCCAUCCGUGGCUUUGCCACGUGGGAUGUGCCGAAGGUGGGUCAUGGUCGCAGGCAGUUGCCCACCUGUCCCAGAGGCGGCGUGAGAGAGGCACAGCCGCGCGCCUUCCACCUUUCAGAAUUGCUUAUAACUUAGCGCUUGUGUGUAUUGAACCUAUUCUUGUGGAAAAAAGUCUUUUGUCACAUCUUUGUUUCUGAAUUUCAUGCUGCCUCGUGUCUGUGCUGGCCGUGAAGCAUGUCCAUGAUUGGGGGUCACACCUGUUUGCCUGGGGGCUGUGUGGCCGCUGUAGGGCAAGGUGCGUCCCAGUAGGGAGCCUCUGCAGCCUCGGCCCCGGUCCCAUACUGGAUGCCUACGCCGCUGCAGCCUUAGCCUCCGUGACCAGUAGCACCAGUUCCAAAGCCUGCUGUUGCCCGAGGGUCGUGGGAGAAUGCUGGCAGUGUUUACUUGACACAUUACUGUCAGGUGUGGUCACUCCCACCUAUAAUCAUCCCAGCACUUUAGGGGGCUGAGGGGUGGAUAUCUUGAGCCCGGCCUGGGCAACGUAGACCCCAUCUCACAAAAACUACAGAAAACGACCUGGCUGUGGUGGUGCACACCUGUGGUCUCAGCUACUCAGGAGGCUGAGGUGGGAGCAUUACCUGAGCCUAGGAGGUGGAAGCUGCAGUGAGCCGUGAUGGUGCCACUGCACUCCAGCCUGGGUGACAGAGCGAGACCGUCUCAGAUGUUUUACUUGUUUUCUACAUGUAAAAUCUCAAUUUUUUUUUUUUGAGACAGAGUCUUGCUCUGUUGCCCAGUCUGGAGUGCAGUGGUGCCAUCAUGGUUCACUGUAACCUUGACCUCCUGGGUUCAAGAGAUCCUUUAAACUCCUAUGUAGUCCCCUACGUAGCUGGGACCAAAGGUGAGAGCCACCAUACCUGGCUAAUUUUUGUAGUUUUGCAGGUAUGGUGCACAGGCUGAUCUCAAACUCCUGAGCUCAAGGGAUCCACCUGCCUUGGUUUCCCAAAGUGUUAGGAUCACAGGCACGAGCCACUGUGCCCGACUGAAAUCUUACCUUUUUUUUUUUUUUUUUUGAUACAGCCUCACUCUGUCACCCAGGCUGGAGUGCAAUGGUGCAGCCUCGGCUCAUCAGGUUCAAGUGAUUCUCCUGCCUCAGCCUCCAUAGUAGCUGGGACUACAGGUGCCACCACCAUGCCCAGCUAAUUUUUGUAUUUUUAGUAGAGGUGGGGUUUCACCAUAUUGGUCAAGCUGGUCUUGAACUCCUAACUUCAUGAUCUUCCUGCCUCAGCCUCCCAAAGUGCUGGGAUUACAGGUGUGAGCCACCCCGCUCGGCCUUGAAAUCUCAACUUUUAACGACCCAUAGUCAGCAGUGGAGGUGGCCCGGCGGUGCCCAUGGCCUGUUGUCUGCACUGGCCCAAACUAAAAGAUGAUCUUUUGCCCGUGGGGCUGGGCUUUUCUGACCCUCUGUUCCCAUUUCCCCUUAGAGGAAUUGUGGGCUCCUCUGUUGUUGCGCCACUGCUGGGGGCCGACCUUGACCUUCCCGUCACCCCCCCCGCCCCCCCCCCCCCCCCCCGAGCAAGGUGCGUCCUAUCGCCAGGCAGACCACAGUGUGAAGCCUUUUAGUGAGGAGAGAAAAGCCCCUUAAAAGUUGAUAUUCCACAGACACGUGCAGCUCGUGGUCUCAAAGGAAGGUGUUUCUCGUGCACUCUGGCACCCUGGAGCUUCUCCCGGAGCUCAUGCCCAGGCCGGCCUGAUUGCUGAUUACCAGCUGACGCCGAAGAGUGCUCUGGGUCUGCGGGAGCUGCUUUCCCUGUGUGGCUGGCCGGUGGGUGGGCAGGGCACCAUGCUCCUUUGCCAUUUUUCCAGGGCCUGGGGGGUGUCAGGGUGUCUGGGUAAGGGGGUGUAGGGGGUGGGCAGAACCAGCAGCUGCACCUGAGCCUCCCCUUGGGGCAGCUCAUGGCUGUGGCCCAGGGUACCCUGGAGCCUUGGUGGGUGACCAGAGGGUGGGGUCCUCCUGGUUGUUUUCUGGAGGGUGUGUGGGGGCUGCAGCGUGGGUGCUGAGUGUCCCUACCUGGGUGCCAGGCUUGGCUUGUUUUAAAGGCACCUGGGGAUGGGAACAAGGAGUCACGUCCUUCCUGCUCCCGGGUGUUAGGCCCAGCCUCCCGUGGCUGCUCAUUUUCCUGCCUGUCCUGUUUGGAGUCACAGGGGAGCACAUUGCCAGUAGGUGACACAGAAGAGUCGGUGCCCUACCUGUGAGGUGGGGUUUGGUAGCCCUGGGCAGGGGUCUCCUUGGCCAAGGCACCUGCCCACCCCUCUGCCCCAAGCCUGGAGUGACGGGUAUGGGAUCUGCCUUUACUGACCCAUGCUGGAUGCUGGUCACAUCUAGGGCUCACCUGCGGGGUCCGGUGGGGCUGGUGCAGUGUGGGAACUUUGCCAUGUCUCCAGAGUUCUCCACAACCUUUGUGGACAUGGGGCUGGGAGGCUUCACCCCCUUUACCAGGGGACACGGGUCGGGAGGCUUCACCAUCUUCCCCAGGGGGCACGGGCCGGGAGGCUUCACCAGUGUGCUCUGGAGAUGCUAGAGUCAGCUUCUGAGGGCUCGGAGGGCAAGGGGGCAGCCAGGGUCCCUGGCAGGUUCCCAAGCAUCAUCCCCAUCCCAGCUUGGUCUCCGGUGGCUCUGCACUGGGCUGGGGUCUUGACGUAGCUGCCCUUGUGUCUGGCAAAUGGGGGGGGGUCUGGAGUGUUCAAGUUGCCCAUCAGGGCCGGCACAUUGAACUUCCUGUUAAUUUGGGGGCCACUCAGCCUCAGCCAGGACCAAUGGCUGGGGUUCUUCCAGCCCCACCUGGCUACCUGCUUCCCCCAGCCACUGGGCCCAAGGGGCCUAUUGCCUUGACCUGGCCUCACCUGACCCAGGCUGUAACUUGGGGCCCUGCCUUUCCAGCCAGGCCCACCAGCAUUCCUGGGACCCUGGGCUGGGCUCUGAAGGCAGGGCACCGGGAGGGCCUGGGUGAGGAGGUUGUGGGAAGGGGCUGGGCUCUGUCCAUGGAUGGUGGCUGCAGCUACCGGGGAGCCCUUGGACACUUGCUCCUGGUGGCUGGUUGCAGAGGCUGGUGUGGGAGGGCCAGGUUGAGUUCAGCUGGGAGGGAGAGUGAGGAGUCAGCUGUCUUCACCGUUCCCAGGAUGAGGCGGACUUUUGGGGAAGCGGGGAGGGUCAGGGUGGGGUCUGUUUCCAAAUGACUGGGGAGGCAAGGAGUGGAGGUGGGGGUUGGGGUCUCCACCUCACCUCCGCCCCUGGCCGUUGGGCACCGGGUCAGAUGGCAGCUCAUCGGAGUAUGAGCCCUCCCCUUGGAGCCCGUGAGGUCUGGGGAGGAGGGGAGGGGAGGAUUUAUUUGGUGGUGGAGUUAGCAGGCCAGAGGGCUGCGACACCCGGGACCUGAGCAGGGCCAUCCUGCCAUUGCGCUGAAGAUCUGGGCAGAUCCCUUCAGACAUGCAGUGGCGCAGGCUGUAUGUGCCCCUGUGCCUGGUCCCUGCUCGGGGGCUCUGAGUGGUGGCCAUCCCUAUGACUCUGCCCUGGCGCCGGGACUCACUGCGGGACGGAGCCAUGCAGCGCUGGGUCAGAGCCGUGGUUGUGGCCCUUCUCUGGCUCACUCUGCUCUCGGGUGUUGGGGCCCGGCGGGAGGCCAAGAGGACGCGGCAGGCCAGCCAGAGCGGGGAUCCCCCCACUGCCACCGCCACCGAGUCUUCCCUCGGGAUGCCGGAGGUCCCUAAGCCCUCCCAGGCCUCAGGACCUGAGUUCUCAGACGCCCGCAGGACGUGGCUGAACUUUGUCCGGCGGCCGGGCACCGCCAUGUUGAGGAAGCAGUGCCUAGGCUGGGACACAAAGCCGCGGGGCCUCUUGGGCCCCCCAGGACCUCCGGGUGCAGAAAUUACCCCAGACACCCUGCUCCAGGAGUUUCAGGAGAUGCUGAAAGAGGCCAUGGAGUACCGGUUCUCAGGGCUGCUGGACCCCGUGUGGCCCCUGGGGGUGGGGCCGAGGCUGGUGAGCGAGGCCUUUCACUGCCGGCCGAAGGGCCCCCGCUGGGUGGACAAGCGGACGCUGGUGGAGCUGGAUGGCUUUCAGGCUCCUGCCACCCAAGGCGCCUUCCUGCGAGGCUCGGGUCUGAAUCUGGCCUCGGGUCGGUUCACAGCACCUGCGUCCGGCAUCUUCCAGUUCUCUACCAGCCUGCACGUGGACCAUAGUGAGCUGCAGGGCAAGGCCUGGCUGUGGGUCCGGGAUGCCAUGCAUGUCCUCAUCUGCAUCGAGUCUCUGUGCCAGCGCCACAUGUCCCUGGAGGCCAUCUCAGGCCUGGAAAGCAACAGCAAGGUCUUCACAGCACAGGUGCAGGGCCUGCUGCAGUUGCAGGCUGGGCAGUAUGCCUCCGUGUUUGUGGACAAUGGUUCCGGGGCCGUCCUCACCAUCUAGGCGGGCUCCAGCUUCUCUGGACUGCUUCUGGGCACGUGA